AGACAGAGCGCUCGGGCCGCUGGGCGCCGCGGUCGCAGCCAUCCAGCCGCGCGGGGCGCUGGGCCGGGGGGCGCUGGGGAGCCUGGAGCCGGGAGCCGCGACCCUGCCGGGGCCUUUGUCUGCGAGCCGGGUGGCCUCGAUCGCUGCUCCCGGGGCCCGGGACCGCGCCCGCGGCGCUCGGUGACAGCUCCUUCCUCCCCGGAGGGCUCCGGAACGGCUCGUCCGCCGCCGGCCAGCCCCGCAACGCGCACCCAUGCCCCCGCAGCAGGGGGACCCUGCAUUCUCCGGCCACUGCGAGGCGCCGCCCGUGCCGCCGCGCCGGGAGCGCUGGGGGCGCGGGGGGCGCGGGCCUGGAGCUCCCGGGGGCCGGGGGCGCGCGGGCGGAGCCGAGGGGCGCGGCAUCAAGUGCGUGCUGGUCGGCGACGGCGCGGUGGGCAAGACGAGCCUGGUGGUGAGCUACACCACCAACGGUUACCCCACCGAGUACAUCCCCACCGCCUUCGACAACUUCUCGGCUGUUGUGUCUGUGGAUGGCCGGCCUGUGAGACUCCAGCUUUGUGACACUGCAGGACAGGAUGAAUUUGACAAGCUCAGGCCUCUCUGCUAUACCAACACGGACAUCUUUCUGCUCUGCUUCAGUGUCGUGAGCCCCUCAUCUUUCCAAAAUGUCACUGAGAAGUGGGUGCCAGAGAUUCGAUGCCACUGUCCCAAAGCCCCUAUAAUCCUUGUUGGAACUCAGUCAGAUCUUAGAGAAGAUGUCAAGGUGCUCAUUGAGUUGGACAAAUGCAAAGAGAAACCAGUGCCUGAAGAGGCAGCAAAGCUGUGUGCAGAGGAGAUUAAAGCCACAUCCUACAUUGAAUGCUCAGCCUUGACUCAAAAAAACCUCAAAGAAGUCUUCGAUGCAGCCAUUGUUGCUGGCAUUCAGUACUCGGACACUCAGCAGCAGCCAAAGAAGUCUAAGAGCAGGACUCCAGACAAAAUGAAAAAUCUCUCCAAGUCCUGGUGGAGGAAGUACUGCUGCUUUGUAUGAUGCUGGCAGGAAACCUAGAAAUGCAACUUUUCAGAUGAAACUGCUAUUGGAAGCUAUAUUAGCUGAAGUGACUUCUUUUUACUGUGUAGAAUUUGUAUAGAAAAUGUAUAUUAUAAUAUUCCUCUUAUAGUAUAUAGGGAGAAUAUAUAUCAUAAGAGGAAUUUUCAAUUCCCGUUAUCUUUUUUGCCCCCAAUUUUCUUGUUUGAGUUUAGAAUUAGGUACUUAAGCAGAGUACUUUUGAAUUAAAUUAAGUGUUUUUCUAACCCUGGUAAUUUAGGCCCUGUACUUCUGGAUUAUAUUACUUUUAAAAUGAAUAGGGCAUCUCAAAUCUGGGUGUCAAGAAUGAAAUUUUACUGUUAUCAUGGAUGAAGAAUGAAAGGUUGAUGCUUGUUUGAGGACUGCUUGAUCCAGUUUGUUUGAUCUCAGGCCAGCUAUAGUGAGGGGGACUCACAGAUUUGAAGCUCUGCUCUGGCUCCUGUUUUUAAAGAACAAAGAUCUUGAGAGAAAAAAUAAAGAAA